UAUAACAACUCCAUCACUCGUGUUCUGACCUCUUCUUAUCCCCCAUCUAGUUCUCUUUCUCCCCUCGAUUCCGUGCCCGGGUUGAUCCGGUCGCUGUCCAGGCCUGUUCCAUUGGAGGAGAAUCGCCCGGGUGGAAGGAGAGGCUUCGAAAGGAAGGUGAUUAUCUGAUAUGGAUGAGCACAUGGGAAGACGAACAGUCGGCGGCCUCCUCUUCACCAAGGGAGGAUCAAUUCUUCUCUUCAGAGAGGACGGUUCGCGCCCCAAGGCUAAGAAUUGCUGCUCGCGCCACGGUUGCAGCGGUCGGCAUUCAGUUGACAAAGCCAAAGGCAAGGAGGUGCACAGGGCAGCGGUGCCCAAUGAAUCGACACCGGCUACCCCUGGGAGAUCACAAGUUUUGAGGAAGCCCAACAGAAAGCCUCCACAGCCACAGGAAAGCAGUGCUUCAGACAGCAUCAGCAGGGAUGCUGGAGGCUCCUGUAGUGAAACCGGCAACAGGUCAAGAGAAACUCCCGGGCGUGAUCUACUCGCUCGGCUUAAGGAGAGGGUCAAUGCAUCAAGGAAGCGAUCGUUGAACAGGGAGAACAGCCCACCGUCGCCGAAUGGAUUAAGUGCUAGUUCCCCGAGCAGUAGCCGGUCGAUCUCAAGGCCGUCGCAUCGGGCAGCUUCAAGGAUAAGGAAAGCAGAUGAAGGAGCAAAUGCAGGAGCUGACCAUGCGCACAGAAAUGGCACUGCAGAUGCUAGGAGGAAUUCAGAGAGGAGUGACGACGACUUGCUGCUAGUUGAGCAGGUAACAAGAGACCAUGUGCCUUCUGAAGGGUUUCUUUCCGGGUUCAUGGCAAGAUACAGAAGCGGUCAUCAGGGAGGAGUUUCAUCUCUGGAGGACAGCGUGGAGGAUUCAAAUGGAUACUGGCGCUUUGAUAUGGGAGUAAGUGAAGAGCUUGAGAACUACUUCAUAUUCAAUGAUCGGCAUAGAGGAAUGAGGAUGGAUAUCGACGGCAUGUCUUAUGAAGAAUUGCUUGCCUUGGGGGAGCGAAUUGGUACUGUAAACACUGGCCUUUCAGAUGAUGCGUUGGCGAAGUGCCUGAACAGGAGCAUCUACAUGCCCACAGCUUCAGGUUCUCAUGAAGAUUGUGACAGAAAGUGUAGCGUUUGCCAGGAGGAGUAUUUAGCCGGUGAGGUGGUGGGCAAGAUGGCGUGCAAACACUACUACCAUAUGUCCUGCAUACAGCACUGGCUCCGGCAGAAGAACUGGUGCCCCAUCUGCAAAUCAGUUGCUCUGAAUACCAACUAGCAAAUUGUUUCCCCAGAAAGGAAGUGUAUAGAUUGCCCAUGUCUAGACAGUCUGUAUUCUUUUCUCUGCUUCUUCUCAGAUCAAUUCCGUCAUUUGUUUGGAGCUUCAGGCUUCUGUUACUUCAGCUUAGAACCUGCAGCGAGGGCAAGGAAAGGGAAACAAGGAAUUACUAUAUAAGUGAGAAAUUUCAAUUUCUCCUACUGUGGAAGACUGAAGUUGUUACCGCUCAAUUCAUGUUCUUUGUCUGUGUUGUAAAUACACACAUCCUCAUCCUUAAUUCUUUUUGAAGGGGCGGUUCAUAAUAAUUAAGAAUGCCUGACUUCUUUUUUUAGCGAAACAAAGGAUUUUCGAUGGCUGAAAUUUAUUGGUUGAGCAUGUGUGAGGAUUGAGCAUCA